CUAGACACGGUCUUUGAUGCAGCCCCGGUCGGUCCUGACCCGCCAACCUGAUGCACUCCAACGCCUUCUUGAUGAAUGUCCUGGUCGUCGUGAUCCAGCCUCAACGCAAUCAACCUCGUGGGUCACGCGAACUGGGCAAGAGGACAUCGAUCAAGCCUGCUCCUGGAUCAAGGUGCAGGCGAUCCAUCAAUUCAUCCUCCAUCCAUACAACCCAUACAUCCCACAGACCUCCUGGUACCCCGGGUUCACAAAGAAACCACCACAUCGUGCAAACCUCUCAGCUCGAUUGCAACAAGACGCGCAACUCAUCGCCCACCUGCCUGAGCUCUGCGACAUCCAACCCGCCGACACCACGGACACCAACGUGUAUCUCUCCGCCUACAACAUCCUGUGUACUAUCUGUGAAACACCCGCCAUGAGCAAGCAUCUUGCCCCAGAGCUGUUGGAUCUCUGGUGGAUGCGCGACCGGGCGCGGAUGAAUGCCACUCAAUUUGCGGGAUGCUGCUGCGCAGUGAGAAUCGGCGCAUUCGCGAGCUGGCGGAAUAUCUGGCAGAACAAUUACGGCUGUGAUUACUUGAAUGACUUGAUAAUUGUGAAGCUUGGCGACAUACGAGUACAUCCUCCGUAA